CUGCCUCUUUUGCCUUGCUCACAUCAAUGCCCCUGGCCACUCACUUUCUGAUGUUGCACGACGGGAAAUGCUUUGAAUGCUUGCGACAUGGCCGCGCACAUUGAUUGCCAAGAUUGACAGCAAGCUCUCCGCCGUCUUCUUCUUCUCCUUCUUCUUUUCCUUCUGUCCUUGUUUUCAGUUCUGCACACCAGCGGGGACAAAUCCGUAGCGGCUCGUAUAGCAUUUUGUUGACAGUUUUAACUUGGUAUUCCCGCCGCGCUCUGCUUUUCACUUUUAGUUGCUGUUUUUUUUUUGUUUGUUUUUUUUUUUUUUUUUCUCGCAGAGACUGAUACUCCCCCCCCCCUUUUUUCCACGGUUUGUUUUGUACCGUAUCGGGAUACGACGUUGGACAAACGAGGCUGAGGUUUUGCCCCGCGUGGUUCACAUCGAGAGACAAUACACAACUUUGGACAAGCAAGACUACUUUUAGAGUGAAAAGAAAAAAAACGCCUGCGAAAUAGACGACUGAACAACUUGUCAGCGCGUGGCUUAGCGGAAACACGGUGCCGUCGCGCGCGCUGUGCACACCGUGCCGUUUCCUGUAGCCGGGCAUCUGGAGAGCGAGACGUUUGUCGCAUGUGGUGCCGGUCAUUUUCAUGAAUUCAAAAUCAACUAAGAAGUGAUCUCUGGGAGCUGGGGAUAAAGUCGCACUGUUUACAACCCAAAUGCUGAACAUGGAGGGCUUUCUGCGUAGCAGCUUUUUACUGAGCAGAAUCAUGUCUUCCAAACAAGCCACCUCUCCGUUUGCCUCGGGUGCAGACCUGGGCGAGGACGGAGCCGGUCAGGAGCGUCUGGUUUGGGAGAAGGACGAAGGCACGGAGCCGCUGGCAGCGCCGCAGCUGCCCAUUCACAACCUGCUGCACGGCAAGAUGCACGGUGAGGAGCUGCCUCCCGUCAGCAGCAGCGUGCCGCCUGAAUCCGACUGGGACAGCCUGGUGUCGGCCCAGCAGCGCAUGGAGUCAGACAGCAAUAAAGUAUGUUCCCUCUACUCCUUCCGGAAUAACUCUACCUCUCCGCACAAGCCGGAGGAGGGGGCACGGGAGCGAGGCGACCUGCUGGGAGCCUCCGCCUUUGGAACGCCGGAGCGUCGCAAAGGGAGCCUGGCCGACGUGGUGGACACUCUGAAGCAGAAGAAGCUGGAGGAGAUGACAAAGACAGAGCAAGACGAAACUUCCUGCAUGGAAAAACUGCUUUCUAAAGACUGGAAAGAGAAAAUGGAGAGACUGAACACGAGCGAGCUUUUGGGAGAAAUACAAGGUACUCCAGAAAGUCUGGCUGAGAAAGAGAGGCAGCUUUCGACGAUGAUCACGCAGCUGAUCAGCCUGAGAGAGCAGCUCCUGGCCGCACAUGAUGAGCAGAAGAAGUUGGCGGCCUCGCAGAUGGAGAAACAGAGGCAGCAAAUGGAGCUAGCCCGACAGCAGCAAGAACAAAUCGCCAGACAGCAGCAGCAACUUCUUCAGCAGCAGCACAAAAUCAAUCUCCUACAGCAGCAGAUUCAGCAGGUCCAGGGUCACAUGCCUCCUCUCAUGAUCCCCAUUUUUCCACACGACCAGCGCACACUGGCCGCUGCCGCCGCCGCCCAGCAGGGCUUCCUCUUCCCUCCAGGCAUGUCCUACAAGCCAGGUGAUAACUACCCGGUGCAGUUCAUUCCUUCCACAAUGGCAGCUGCCGCCGCGUCAGGACUCAAUCCUCUUCAGCUCCAGCAACUGUACGCCGCCCAGCUGGCCAGCAUGCAGCUUUCUCCAGGAGCAAAGAUGGCGCCACUGCCCCAGCCACCUAAUUCUGCAGGGCCACUUUCACCUGGACCCAAGAGUGAGAAGAGGUCCUCCAGCCCACUGGGCCAAGUCAAGGAGGAGGGAACGCAGCCCUUGAACCUCUCGGCCCGGCCUAAGACGGCCGAGCCAGUGAAAUCCCCCUUGUCCCCGACACACAGCCUGUUCCCGGGCAGCAAGAACAGUCCCAAUAGCCAGCCUAAGAGCGGAGGCAUCCCCAGUCCCCUUGGUCUGGGUCGAGGAUCAUCCCUCGAUAUCUUGUCUAACCUGAACUCCACGGCACUAUUUGGAGACCAGGAUGCUGUGAUGAAGGCCAUCCAGGAGGCGAGGAAAAUGAGGGAGCAGAUCCAACGUGAGCAGCUGCAGCAUCACCAACAGGGCAUGGAGGCUAAACUCUCGGCUCUCUCAGGCCUCGGUCUUAACAACUGCAGAGCUGACAAGGAACGAGUUCACUUUGAAAGCUUGGGGCAUCAUCUGGGAAAACUGGGAGACGACGGGAAGAUCGGACAGAGGGUCAUCGAUCUGACCAGGCCGGAGGAUCUGGACGGGAGUAAGGAGCUGAAUGGUUCUGCAGAAAAACCACAACACUAUUAUUGUUGGCCAACAGGAGGCGCCAGCACCACCGAGGCCCGGGUGUUCAGAGAAUCGCGAGGACGGAACCCCAACGAGCCACACAUCAAGAGACCCAUGAACGCCUUCAUGGUGUGGGCCAAAGACGAGCGCCGCAAGAUCCUGCAGGCUUUCCCGGACAUGCACAACUCCAACAUCAGCAAAAUCCUGGGUUCUCGCUGGAAGGCCAUGUCCAACCAGGAGAAGCAGCCGUACUACGAGGAACAGGCUCGUCUGAGUAAGAUCCACCUGGAGAAGUACCCCAACUACAAGUACAAACCCCGGCCCAAGCGCACGUGCAUCAUCGACGGCAAGAAGCUGCGCAUCGGCGAGUACAAGCAGAUGAUGCGCUCGCGGAGGCAGGAAAUGCGCCAGUUCUUCACCGUGGGGCAGCAGCCCCAGACUCAGCUCCCGAUCAGCAGCAGCGCAGGCGUCGUCUACCCCGGAGCCAUCAGCAUGACCUCAGACUGCUCGAGCAACUCGGCCAGCCCCGAGCCCACCGUCCCCGUCAUCCAGAGCACCUUCGGCAUGAAGACGGAGCCCAGCAUGCCCAGCGUGGUGCCCAGUGAACCGGUCAACGGCGAGGACGACAUGGACAUGUACGAGGACUUCGAGGACGAACCCAAAUCGGACUACAGCAGCGAGAACGAGGCGCAGGAGCCCGUCAGCGCCAACUGAGCGGAUAGAAGGAGUACUGAAGGAGGAUGAGGAGAAAAAAAAAUACAGAACAAAAUUUAAAAAAAAGAGAGAAAAGAAAAAAAACUUGUUUCUGAUAAUAUAUCCCUUAGGAGCCUGCAUGCACGUGUGGCUCCCGGCUUCAUCGGCUCUUCGGUCUUAAAUGUUUCUUCGAGUGUGAAGCAGUUUGAUUGUGUUUUAUUCAUUUUAUUUUUCCUUAUUUUUUUAUUCUUUUUUGAUCAUGGAUGUGUCCACACAUUGACCUGUAAAGUUACAGAGGGCAGGACUUGAAACUCGAAAACUUCUUAUAGCUCUCACAGUCUUACACACACACACACACACACACACACACAUAUAUAUAUAUAAAUAUAAAUAAAUAUUUUUUUUGUUUUUGUUUCUUUUUUUUUUAGAUCAAUGUUUUUGACGGGGUUCUGUAUUUCUCUCAGGUAUGCUGUGCCAGCCAACAGCGUGUGAAUGUUUUUGUUUUUGUUUUUGUUUUGUUUUUGAUUUGAUCUAUUUAAAAAAAAAUAAUAAUAAUAAUAAUAAGGAAGAUGACAGCAGAACAAAAAAACUUUUUAAAAAAUGAAUGCCGAAAAACACAAAACUGCCCCUUUCUCUUAACUUAUCUUGUUUUAUUGUAUCUUAUCGAUUCUUAAUCUUAAUCUUAUUAUUGUUUUCUCACAACAAUGUCCAAACCCAGGUCCAAUCACUAACUAAUCUUAGAUCUCUGAGUCUUAAAGGAGAGCGUUCACGAGUCUUAGACAAUCUUCUGCGAUGUUCCCAAGGACGACAAAAAAAAAAAAUAUAUAUAUAUAUAUAUAUAUAUAUAAAAGCCCCUUCUUUCCCUCUUCUUGAAGCACUCAGGAAUUUUGGAGGCGAUAGAGAUGUUAGAGAUGCUGGAUUUUUAUUACAGAGAUCUGAAAGUCCUCACUCAGUGCAGGAGGUCCAGAGCGGUGACCACGCAGCACGUCUCACCCCUCGCUUCAGUCUUACGCCGAAACCACGUUCUUAAUCACGGAGAUUGGCCGAGGUGCCAAAGCGGGGCCAAAGGCGUCCAAUCUGUGAAAUUGAAACGGCAGCAAAAGGCAGCUUCAGUGGCAUUACGAUCACAAAAUUGCUGUUGUACAAUACAUGCUGGCUUUUAUUUAUUUGGCUUUUUUUUACAGCAGUCCAUAAGGGCUUUCUGUCACCGUCAAGGCCUUCUGCGACUUUAUUAAACCUUAAUCGACACGAAAAAGUCUUAAAGCGGGCGGUAAAGAAGUCUUAAUUAAAGUUAAAGUCAAGGAGACCUGAUUAUUUAUAGGGGAAAACAAACUAAACCUCGUUUACGAGAGCGAUUCUGGUUCUGGAUUCUGAUUGGUCGGAAGGCUGUGAUUUAUUUUUCUCUAACAGCAUCUCUGUGAAAAAAUCACAGGUUCUAGCAUGAGUUUUAAAGCAGCUAAUUUUUGGAAGGAGUCUCCAGUUUCAGAGUCAGGCGGAAAUCCUUUCUUUCAAUAAAUCUAAGAGCCCUGGUGUUUCCUGCUGCUGUAGUAUAAGUGAGAACAGGAACGGAUUUGUUUCAUCGUGCGGAACGUAAAUAUAAACGGCUGAAAAGUACAGAGAGUAAACACCUCAUGGAUCUGUGGAGAUACUAAAACGUCACCGGAUUCGGACUCGACUCUGGGAAAGCUGUGAAAAACAAUACGGCGGAGAGGGAGGGAGGGACGGACGGACGGAGGGAGAGAGGGAGGGAGGGAGUCGAUCGCUGAUUGUGCUCGUUCCAUCAAAGCGCAGCAGAAAUCCAUGAGGUGCUGCAGAGCAGAUGGAACAAGUAGAUCAAGCUGUGGGAGAUUAUUAAAAUGACUGACGAGUCUGUAUCAUCUGAAACACGCCAUUAUUAAUGCAUGAGGCUCGCUAUUUUCCUCUUGCCCUUGAACCUGUCUUAUUUUAUUUAUUUUUUUUAUUUCCAUUAGCAACACGGCAAUUACUGCCGGGCCGACGAGCUGCUGGUCACCGCGUUGCCUCUCAAGGUCGUAAAUAUAAAUAAAUUAAGUAAUUAAUUUGAAAAAAGAAAAGAAAAGAAAAAAAAGUCUCUUUUAAAGCGCUUACUUACUUUCUUCUUACAAUUAAAAAAUAAUAAUAAUUUUACAAAGCCCCUAAAAUAGAGAAGCAUUUACUUCAAGUCUCUUAAGCACUUCUGUAAUCUCAGAAAAAAAAAAAAAAAUUUGCUUUUAUUUUUUUUCCUGUGAGAUAGAAAACACUCGAUGAUCCGAAAUUAGAUUUUUUUUUUUUUUUGUUCUCACUAGCGUCUUGUUUAAAGUUCAUAUCUGUUUGCUGGUAGAUCGACUUGUACGUGUUUUGUACAUAUUUUCUUGACCACGCCAAACUGAAUUUUUGGAGGCUGGCGCUAGACAAAAGGACUGUUUGUCAGGACUGAAACUUGAUCACGCUUGUGUAGGGGGGGGGUUGGUUCUUUUUUCUUUUUUUUUAAAGAAAGAGAGAAAGACAGACAGAGAAAAAGAGAGAAAGAGAGAGAGAUGAGUUUCAUAAGUGUUACAAGCACUGGAUAUAAAUGGUAUUUUUUAUCGAUUCUGACUAAUGUGAAGCCGUCGUGCGUGGACGAAAAAAAAAAAAUCCACACGAACAAAAAAAAGUGACCUGUUUGGACUUGUGCCAGAUUUGAGUCAUUGUUUUUGUUUUGGUUUUAUUUUUUGGUGUGUGUUUUUAUUUUUUUCCUUUUCAAUUUUGUUUUGUUUUAAUUUAUGCAAAGACACGUGCUAGAUAAAUAAUAAUAAUAAAGGAAGACUUUUUUUUGUUUAAGCUCCAGUGCUGCCUAAGGGAGAUAAUAAAGAGCAGUAAAACUCGACAGAAGGCUCACGUUAAAGAGACUCUGGUCAGCCGAGACACACCGGACUUCAACGCACCGCGCAUCUGACCGCUCAUGUACGUCUGUGUUUGUAUAAUGUAUUUGAAACCUAUAUAGUGCAUAUAGACUUUUAUUGUAUUUAUUAGCCGGUGUUGGCUAUAAAAAAAUUUUGUCCGUAGAACUUAAUAAAAAGGACAAUCAAGAGAAAAUACAGUGACGCUGAAUUGGAACUCAAAAUUCUUUUUUUUUUUGAUAUAUUUACCCUCUCAUUCUUCUUUUUUCUUCUUCAUCUUCUUCUUCGGAAAUUGUAAAUAUAACAUAGAUAAAAAAAAAUAGAAUUCUAUUUUUGUUCCUGAAUACUUUACUGAAGUAUAAGUUAUGUAUUUUUUUUCUUCUUUUAAUUCUGUGUCGUCGAUCUGAUGUCAAUUGUUCUCUAGAAGAAAAAAAAGAAAAAAGAAAGAAGAAUCAAAUCUAGACAAGUCACUGUACCUCAUGUAGAUGCUGAACUCAGUCCCCGGAGAUCGGACCGGACCGUAUCGGAUACGACUCGUACGCAGACGUCUGAUCUCGCGCUCCGAGACGUUUCCACGUUUUUGGAACUCGUCGGCUUGAGGCAUGGGAUCGAUCCGAGACGUUCUCGGAGCGAGGUUCUCCCUCCAUCGGCUCGGUCCACGGGGACGGACGAAUAUUUAUUGUUCUUGUUUUUUUUUAAGCUGAAUAAUAACA